AUGUUGUCAAGAUUAUGCAAGGUCGCCUGCGGCGUCUCGCCGUCCUCGACAACAGCGAUGACCACCACAGACGAUGGCAUACACGACGGCAAGCCGCGGUCGAAUGGGCUAAGCUCGCCGCUGCUGUCCCCCGAACUGCCGAGAUCGCAUCCUUCCGUCGUCACGUUCUCGCGGGAGGAAGAUAACGACGACGACGCUGCGGCAGCGCUGCCGUGCCUGGCGUUCGGGUCGGAGGACGGCUACAUGGCCUUCUCCCUCGGCGAUGGCCGCAUGCGUGGCGACGUGGCUAUGCGGCUGGCGCGCGGCCGCCGGCACGUGCCGUCACCACACGGAGGCAAGGUGUUCGCGACGGACAUGCACGGCCGGUACCCGUGCCAUCUCGUCGACCCGUUCACCGGCGAGGUGACGCCGCUCCCGGACCUGCCCAUCCCGUUCUCCGAGGAGUCGCCGAUGCGCGACGAUCCCGAGCCCCCUCGGUUUCGACUCUCCACGGAGGACGGGUUCGCGUGGGACUGGUCCCCGCGCGGCGUCAUGGUGGCGCGUGGCGACACGGCGUUCUUCUGCGGGACAGGUGGCGGCGAGUGGACGCCGGUGCACCGGUCGAGGCACGGCUCGUCCAUGACCAUCAACUACCGCGCCGGCUUCUUCUUCGUGCUCGAUCUGGGCACGCUGCGCACCGCGGUCUUCGACUCUGAGACCCUGGGCCGCUCCACGGAGAUCGACCCGCCGCCCCGUCUCGGCGACAUCACGUGGGCGUUGCUGGUGGCCUCCACCGACGACGUGCUGCUGCUGGUGCGGCGCCGCUCGAGAAGAGGGUACUGCGACGUCGACGAGACAUUUUUCCAGACGUACCGCGCGCCGCACAGGGGGCAGUUGCCGGACACGGCUAUCAGAUGGGAGCCAGUGACGGACAUCGGCGACCGUGUGGUGUUCGUCGACUCCGCGCACGGCUUCACCGUCCGCGCCGGCGAAGGCGCUAUGAGGAACUGCGUGUAUAGGGCCAGGGUCGUCGAGCUGGAGAAGGAGGACCGGUCUCGGCGUGACGGCGCGGCGCUCGAGGUCGUCGUGUCUCCGUUGAGCGACCUGAGGAAGACCAAGGUGGUGGAGGGAAGCGAGGUGCUAAGACGCUGCAAGGUUCAGCAGACGAUAUGGGGAGGAGGGUACUGGAUCAAGUGCAACCACGGAUAG